CGGAAGUCGAUUAAAAAAAUUAGAAUCCCAAAUAGUAAUUGAAGAAAAAGACAGAAUCACAUAAACAUAAACCGUUUUUUGUGUUUAGUCUUUUGAGUUCCGACUUCUCUUUCAAUUCUUCUUCUCUAUCUCUCUACUCUCUUUCCAUUUCAACCAACCCAUGUCAAUUCGCAAUUUUCUCCCAAUCCGGAGCUCCGUUACCGGAGCUAGGUUCAUGUCAUCGUGGUUCCGGAGCAUCGAGCAAGCUCCCAAGGAUCCAAUCCUCGGAGUUACCGAAGCUUUUCUUGCUGAUCAGAGUCCAAACAAAGUCAAUGUUGGAGUCGGUGCAUAUCGCGAUGACAACGGAAAGCCGGUGGUUUUGGAAUGUGUUAGAGAAGCAGAGAGGAGAAUUGCAGGAAACCAAUUCAUGGAGUAUCUUCCAAUGGGUGGAAGCAUAAAGAUGGUUGAAGAAUCACUGAAGCUGGCAUAUGGAGACAACUCUGAGUUCAUCAACGAUAAACGAAUAGCUGCAGUGCAGGCUUUAUCUGGAACUGGUGCAUGUAGACUUUUUGCCGCAUUUCAACAGCGUUUUCAUCCCAACACCCAAAUCUAUAUACCAGUGCCAACUUGGGCCAACCACCAUAACAUUUGGAGAGAUUCUGGAGUGCCUCUGAAGACAUUCCGUUACUAUCAUCCUGAAUCUAGAGGAUUGGAUUUUUCUGGACUGAUGGAUGACAUUAAGAAUGCUCCAGAUGGUUCCUUCUUUCUGCUUCAUGCUUGUGCUCACAAUCCUACAGGAGUGGAUCCUUCGGAAGAACAAUGGAGAGAGAUCUCUUCCCAGAUGAAGGCUAAAGGUCAUUUCCCUUUCUUUGACAUGGCAUAUCAAGGUUUUGCUAGUGGCAAUCCAGAGAGAGAUGCAAAAGCCAUCAGGAUUUUUCUUGAUGAUGGUCAUUUAUUGGGACUUGCUCAAUCAUAUGCAAAAAAUAUGGGACUUUAUGGCCAGAGAGUAGGAUGCCUUAGCUUGCUUUGCGAAGAUGAGAAACAAGCCGUGGCUGUAAAAAGUCAGUUGCAGUUGAUUGCCAGACCCAUGUACAGUAAUCCACCUCUUCACGGAGCACUUGUUGUUUCAACUGUCCUUGGUGAUCCAGAGUUGAAGACGCUAUGGCUUAAAGAAGUAAAGGUUAUGGCCGACCGCAUCAUCGGAAUGAGGGCUACUCUACGAGAGAACUUGGAAAAUCUGGGGUCUCCUUUGCCAUGGCAGCACAUAACUAAUCAGAUUGGCAUGUUCUGCUACAGCGGGAUGACACCAGAACAGGUUGAUCGUUUGACAAACGAAUUUCAUAUUUACAUGACACGUAACGGUCGAAUAAGUAUGGCUGGUCUUAAUACGGGCAACGUUGGAUAUGUGGCUAACGCUAUCAACGAGGUUACAAAAUCAGCCUAGAUAUUCAUUUGUGCAGAGACCAAAUUUUUGUCCUAGGAAACAACAAACACCUCAGAAGUAGUAUUAUUGAGAGGAGCACAAAAAAAUUUGAGCACUUAUAACCAUUUAUUAUGCAGUUUCACUGUGUUUCAUUUGUGAUUCGAUAGACUGAAUAAUUUGAAGAGUAGAUUGAAUAAGAGAUUUCAUGAAUGAUUAUUAAUGACUGUGCUUACAGUUUUACUAUACUGUGAAAAGGAUUAUUCUUGGCUGUGAA